AUGGCUGCAAGCAAGGCGACUCGCUUAGGCGAGGAGAUUUGGAAAACCCGCAUCGACAAGGUGAACGCCGAACUCGUCACUCUGACCUACGGAACGAUCGUCGCACAGUUGUGCAAGGACUACGACAGCGACUAUGCCGAGGUCAACAAGCAGUUGGACAAGAUGGGAUAUAACAUUGGCCUCCGGUUAAUCGAAGACUACCUGGCCAAGUCGAACACGAUGAAGAGGUGCUCCAACUUUCGUGAGACAGCAGACAUGAUCGCAAGGGUCGGUUUCAAGAUAUUCCUCAACAUCACACCGCAAGUCACCAACUGGACGACGGAUAACAAGCAGUUCUCCCUGGUGUUUGACGAGAACCCGCUGGCGGACUUUGUGGAGUUGCCCGACGACGGCCGGGCGCAGGACGAGCUGUGGUAUUGCAACAUCUUCUGCGGCGUGUUGCGGGGAGCAUUAGAGAUGGUGCAGAUGCAGGUGGAGGCACACUUUAUCAGUGACGUCCUGAGGGGACACGAUACGACGGAGAUGCGAGUGUCGUUGGUACGCUACAUUGACGACGAGCUUCCGCCAGAAGACGACUGA